UCACCAUUACUUAAUACAUUAAAUUUAAAUCAAUCAUCACAUCCAUUAGAAUCAAUUGAACCCGAACCAUUAGAAAUGAAUUCAGAUUUAGUUACUUCAACAUAUUUUGAAUUAUUUACAAAAUGGAUUAAUGAGAUUAAUUCCAAAAAAAAUUCAUUUAAAUUCAAUUUAUUAUUACGUUGUCCACCUGGAGUUCACGAAAGAGCUAAAAAUAGUUUUUUAUUUUCUCUUGAUCAAAAUGAUUUAAAUAAGUCAAUCCUUAGUAAAGUGGUUGACGAAAACAAUGCUAUCCAUCAACAUAAAGAUUUUGGUCCAUCUUUUGGUUUCGGAAGGAGUGAUUUAAGAUUAUAUGGUAUGGGACUUAGUGACAAAAAGUUAUGUGGUUGUAAUAAAAUGAGUUAUGAAAGAAGGAUUAGAUCUUCGACAUUAGAAUUUGGUAUAGAAGAUUAUGAAGUUUGGCAAGUA